CUCGAGGCGGAGCCUGCCGGGGCCCGCGGAGAGCCUCGUCUUCCCGGCGGGUGAGCAACCGCUCAGGAGCCAUGGAGAGCCGAAGGCCCGGCAGCCACGGCGGCGUGGCCCGGCGGCCGCUGCACUCGGCGCAGGCGGUGGACGUGGCCUCGGCCUCCAGCUUCCGCGCCUUCGAGAUCCUGCACCUGCACCUGGACCUGCGGGCCGAGUUCGGGCCUCCGGGACCGGGACCGGGAAGCCGCGGCUUGAGCGGCACGGUGGCGCUGGAGCUGCGCUGCUUGCUGCCCGAGGGCGCCUCGGAGCUGCGGCUGGACUCACACAGCUGCCUGGAGGUGACGGCGGCGACGCUGCGGCGGGGGCAGCCCGAAGACCAGCAGCCGCCCGCGGAGACCGUGCCGUUCCACACGCAACCCUUUUCGCACUAUGGCCAGGCCCUGUGCGUGGACUUCCCGCAGCCCUGCCGCCCCGCCGAGCGCCUCCAGCUGGAGCUCACGUACCGCGUCGGGGAGGGACCCGGGGUUUGCUGGUUAGCUCCUGAGCAGACAGCAGGAAAGAAGAAACCCUUUGUCUACACCCAGGGUCAGGCCGUGUUAAACCGAGCCUUUUUCCCUUGCUUCGACACUCCUGCGGUGAAAUGCACGUAUUCAGCUCUUAUUGAGGUCCCAGAUGGCUUCACAGCUGUGAUGAGCGCAAGCACUUGGGAGAAGAGAGGUCCAAAUAAGUUCUUCUUCAAGAUGGGCCAACCCAUCCCCUCCUACCUGAUAGCUUUGGCCAUUGGAGAUCUGGCUUCAGCUGAGGUUGGACCCAGGAGCCGGGUGUGGGCAGAGCCUUGCCUAAUUGAAGCUGCCAAGGAGGAGUACAAUGGUGUCGUAGAAGAAUUCCUGGCGACAGGAGAGAAACUUUUCGGACCCUAUGUUUGGGGAAGGUACGAUUUACUGUUCAUGCCGCCAUCCUUUCCUUUUGGAGGAAUGGAGAAUCCUUGUCUGACAUUUGUCACCCCCUGCUUGCUGGCAGGGGACCGCUCCUUAGCUGAUGUCAUCAUCCAUGAGAUCUCCCACAGUUGGUUUGGGAAUCUGGUCACCAAUGCCAACUGGGGGGAGUUCUGGCUCAAUGAAGGCUUCACCAUGUAUGCCCAGAGGAGGAUCUCUACCGUCCUGUUUGGAGCUGCUUACACGUGCUUGGAGGCUGCAACAGGGCGAGCUCUCCUGCGGCAACACAUGGACAUCUCUGGAGAGGAAAACCCGCUCAACAAGCUGCGGGUGAAGAUCGAACCAGGCGUGGACCCCGACGACACCUACAAUGAGACCCCCUACGAGAAAGGGUACUGCUUUGUCUCAUACCUGGCCCACCUGGUGGGCGACCAGGAUCAGUUUGACAAGUUCCUCAAGGCCUAUGUGGAUGAGUUUAAAUUCCAAAGUAUCUUGGCCGAAGAUUUUCUGGAAUUCUACCUGGAGUAUUUCCCUGAGCUAAAGAAGAAGAGAGUAGAUUCCAUUCCAGGUUUUGAGUUUGAUCGAUGGCUGAACACCCCUGGCUGGCCCCCCUACCUCCCCGACCUCUCACCUGGAGACUCACUCAUGAAGCCAGCUGAAGAGCUGGCCGAGCUGUGGGUGACCUCAGAGCUAGACAUGCAAGCCAUUGAAGCUGUAUCCAUUGAUACCUGGAAGACCUAUCAGCUCGUCUACUUUCUAGAUAAGAUCCUGCAGAAGUCCCCUCUCCCACCGGGGAAUGUGAAAAAACUUGGAGAGACAUACCCGAAGAUUUCAGAUGCCCAGAACGCUGAGUUACGGCUCAGAUGGGGCCAAAUCAUCCUUAAGAAUGAUUACCAAGAAGAGUUCUGGAAAGUGAAGGACUUCCUGCAGAGCCAGGGAAAGCAGAAGUACACCCUCCCCCUGUAUCACACCAUGAUGAGUGGCAGCGAGAUGGCUCAGACCCUCGCCAAGGACAUCUUUGCAGCCACUGCCUCCCAGCUCCACAGCAACGUGGUCAACUACGUCCAGCAGAUCCUGGUGCCCAAGGGCAGUUAGAGGCUCCUGUGGGUGGUCUCGGCCACUGGACCUCACAGGCUUUCGGAAGAAUUGUUCUUUUCAAGUCGGUGUCCCAAAGUUUCUGUUCUCUGGGCUUAGGUGUCUGUGACACUUGGGGUCUCUGUCCUGGUGGGGGAACUUCCUUCUGGUCCAGAGAGUCCUGAGACUAGAAGGCUUUCCAUGCUCCUUCUAGCCCAGGCUGCAGGGGGUAAAUUUUCAUUCUUUUCAAAUAAACGUUUUUAAGCAAGAAGUAA